UGCAGCAUGCGGAAUUAUAAAAAGGUAUCAAAGAACGCCUGGCUGAAUGUGGAAUCCUGCUUCGUCUUUGUUGCAGAUACCAAUUGGGAACAGAAAACAUGACGACAGGAAUGGAGAAGCCCAGCACAAGGGUUAUCCAGGUGACGAAUAUCGCUCAGAACGCAACAGUUGAUCAAAUGAAAACUCUGUUUGGAUUUCUUGGUGAAAUCGAGGAGAUGCAUCUGUUUCCUGAGGAUCCAAUGAUUCAUCUUGGAACAGCUACGCGGGUUUGCUUUGUGAAGUUCACAGAUCCCUCCAGUGUUCAUGUGGCUCAGCAUCUCACAAACACAGUCUUCAUUGACAGAGCACUGAUAGUUGUACCAGUUCAGGAUGGAACAAUACCAGAUGAGUCUAAAGCAGUUCAACUGGCAGCACCUGCCAGUGCAGUUGCUGGAGGUUUUACGGGAUCAUCAGGAGGAUUACUCCCCACCCCACCCAUGCCAGCACAGGUUCCAAUUGUUCCAGGAGUAGUUUCUACAGUUAUUCCUGGGCUUGCCACAGCUCUAACUGUACCUGCUCCAUUACCACCUCCACCUCCCCUUAAUAAUGUGGACCCUAGCAAAAUUGAUGAAAUUAGAAGAACUGUUUAUGUUGGAAACUUGGAUACCACGCUGUCUGCAGAACAACUCAUGGCGUUCUUCUCAGGCUGUGGUGAGAUCCGAUAUGUGAGAAUGUCUGGGGAUGAUACUCAACCCACCAGGUUUGCAUUUGUUGAGUUCUCAGAACCUAGUGCAGUGAACACAGCUUUGCAGUACAAUGGAGUGAUAUUUGGUGGCAGACCACUCAAAGUCAACCACUCAAAGAAUGCAAUCGUUAAGCCAGCUUCUAAAUCAUCAGAUAAAGACCGCAAAGAUAUCGAUAAGGCUAUGCGACGUGUUAAAGAAGCAUCCUCAAUUAUCGAAGAUGAGAUUGAUCCUGAUGAAAGGUCAAAGUCUCGCUCCAGAUCACCAUCCAGAAGAAGAUCUCAUUCAAGGUCCAGAAGAAGAAGGUCUCGAUCUGGGUCAAGCUCCCGUCGAAGAAGAAGAUCACGUACCCGCUCACCCUCAAGGGAUAGAUACAGGGACAGGCGUCGUUCAUCCCGUUCGACCUCAAGAAACAGAAAUUCUCGUCGUUCUCGAAGCAGGGAGAGAAGGAGAGGUAGGCGUUCAAGGUCUAGAGAGCGACGUUCUAGGUCACGAGAGCAGUCACGUGGCAGGUCUAAAGAAAGGAAGAGAACUGAUUCUCGUGAAAGAUCAGUGUCAAAAGAAAAGAAAGCACCAAAGGAAAAAGCAGAGGCUGUUGAUAAACCUGAGAGUUCGAAGGAGAAAAGCCGAGAGAAAUCAGAAGAGAGGAGUGAAAAAACUAGAUCAAAAGACAAAGAGAAAACAAGAGAAACAGAAAAAGAAAGAGAACGAAGAAAGGAAAAAGAACGACAGAGAGAAAAAGAGAAGCAAAGGGAAAAAGAGCGUGAAAGGGACAAAGAAAAGGAAAAAGAAAGGCAGAAAGAACGCGAGAAAGAGCGAGAGAAAGAGAAAGAGAAAGAAAGAGCAAGGGAACGAGAAAGGGAAAGGUCAAAAAGUCAGUCUAUCUCACCAUCUCCAAAGAGAAGCUCUUCAAAAACUCAUCAUAAAAAGAAAAAAGAGCGAAAAGUGAGGGAGAAAAAGUACAGCAGCUCUCAAAGUGCUGAAGAGGAAAGUGACAAGGAAAGAGCUUAUCCAGCAGAUAGUGAUCAAGGAAGGGAGAGAGAGAAAAGAAGUAAAAGACAUGGCAGUACAGAAGCAAAAGAUAGUGAAGGUUCUGAUUAUGAUAGGAGCAAGAAGAAAAGAAAAAAACAUUCAGAGGAACAAGAAGAAGAUGAGAAUCCAUCAGAUGGUGAAAGGAGAGGUGAGAGAGAAGAUAGCUCAAGCCGACGUUCUAAGAAAAAGUCGAGGAGCUAUAAGAAGAAGCCUGUCAGCGCGGGUGACUAUGACAGUGAUACUAACUAAUUGGCGUGCUCCAAUCGGACACUAUACUGGGGUUGGAGUUUGUACUUUUCUCUCUGCUCAAAAAAGAUCUUUUUUACAAUUCAUGUAACUUUCAUCAGAACCCCAGCCUGUAAUCAAGUACAUUUUGCAUUUUUCAAAUCAGAGGUCACAAAGUUCAAUCAUACACCAUUCUAUUGCCUUAUUGAUUUAAUCAUCUGGUUUAACAAAAGAGUUCUUGUCCAGCAGGCUCUUGACUCUCUUCUGUGGUGUUAUGAUGUGUAUGACAAACAAAAAUAGCUGCUAGAUUGUCAUUCAACAAUGGCUAAUAGCCAUUAAACACUUACUAGGCCAUAAGUAAGGGUUUUCUUGUUUUACAUCUCUUUGCCAACAAAAACUCCUGUUGUACUACUAGUCAUCCACUUUUUUGCUGAAUGCUUUUAUUUGUAAAUUUUGUCUAUGUUUAUUAAAGUGUUUAUUUGUUUAUGGUA